CUCCACUCCACUGACACAUAUGCUCAGUGUAGGGUUGAGGACGAUGAAAGCAGACCUGUGAGGCUCGGCUGAGUUGCCGACGUAGACCACAGGAUAUGAACAGGGGGAAAUGUGAGAGGAAAAAGAAGAGAAGGGGAAAAUCUUAGUGACAUACUUUGGAAAUGAAGAGAGAAAAGGAGAAGUCUUUGGAAAAAUAGCGAGAAAGUCACAAGUCGACUGAUUCCAGAUUCCAGGAGUGAGUGAUUUUACAGGAGCUGAGCUGAGCCGAACAGAAGGAUGUAUCUCUGCCUCACACAUGGACUCAGAAACAGUCGGGUCCCAGGUAUUUCUGUGACACAGUGACCUCACAGUAACCCAGAAGAAAGGAGGAACAAGGGAAGUGGAGUAGCAGGGGAAAGCUAACCAGGGGUCCUCGGGAACGAAGACCCAGGCCUAUAUUGAUUUUUUUUAAUCUGAAGGAGGGACACUGAACUUUACCCGGAGCUUUUUGCAGCCUGGCUCACUCACUAUGAGGGAGUGGAGCCUUUGUUCUACACAGCGGAGGAAGAUCAGUGACGGUGCACCCAGACUGCUAAAGAGCCUGACAAAAGCCUACUGGACUUGACAACAUCAAAAAAGAAAAAAAAAAAAACAGUUUGUUGGACAGGAGGGGGAGAGGAAAGAGGAUACGUGUGAGACGAGACAGACGACAGACGGUAAAGCAGAUGAGAUAUUAUUGAAGAUGAUUGGAUAGAUGAAAGGAGCGCUACAGGCAGAUGUUUGAGCCAAACGAGGAGUCAGGCUUGAAAGUGAAUGGAGGCAGAGAUGAAAUAACAGACUCUACCAUCAGAAAGAAGUGGAGACGCGCAAGACAGACUCAGAAAUAGAUCCAGGAGAGUGAAAUUCUGGAUCAAGAGGAUACAUGCUGUCAGUAUUCAAAGAGCAACAGAAAUAAGAAUUAGCCGCAAUGUUCAUGAACUUCCGCCGAAUCCACAAGUGCCAGUGUGUGCAGCUGCUCACCACCGGCCUGGUCCUGUGCAUGGUGAUGGUUUGCUGGGAGGAGCUGGACCACCACGUUGUCAGCCACAUGAGGUCCUACACCUACCGCUACCUGGUCAACAGCUACGACUUUCUCAAUUCUUCCUUCGUCGUCACCACCAACGAUCAAAAGAGAAAGAACGGUGCCAACAGUGUGAAUGGUUUGGGGAGCUACCCUUACCUGAUCAACCACCCGGACAAGUGCGGAGGUGUUGGCAGAGAAGGGAAAAGAUUUGACGAGGUCCUCCUGCUUUUGUUUGUGAAAUCGUCACCGGAGAACUUUGAGCGGCGCCAGGCCAUCAGAGACACAUGGGGGAACGAGAGCUUCGUUUGGUCCAAGCUGGGGGACAGCGUGAGGUUGGUGUUCGCCCUCGGUGUGCACCCUGAGGAGGGGCACAGAUCCUUUGUGCAGAGCGCGCUCAUGCGGGAGGACGAGAGCUACGGCGACCUGAUUCAGCAGGACUUUCUGGACACUUUCCACAACCUGACUACCAAACUCAUUAUGCAGUUCCACUGGGGCUACAAGUACUGCUCUCAGGCACACUUCUUCAUGUCGGCAGAUGACGACAUCUUCGUCCACAUGCCCAAUUUGGUUAGGUACCUGCGGCAGGUCCUGGGUAGACAAUCGCGCGCUAAGGACCUUUGGGUGGGGCAUGUCCACAGAGGAGCCCCUCCAAUUCGCCGCAAAGACAGCAAGUACCACGUUCCCUAUGAGCUGUACCCCUGGCCAUCCUACCCGGACUACACUGCAGGAGCUGGGUACGUGGUGUCAGGGGACGUCGCUGCUAAGAUCUACCAUGCGACCUUGGUGCUGAACUCCUCCAUGUACAUCGACGACGUCUUCAUGGGGAUUUGUGCCAAGGCCAUGGGCGUCUCUGCCCAGGAGCACGUGUUCUUUUCAGGGGAGGCCAAGGCUCCGUACCACCCCUGCAUCUAUGAUCAAAUGAUCACAUCGCACGGUCACGCCACAGAUGUGCGAUCUCUUUGGCGGGAAGCAACAGAUCCUGCAGUGUACAGCCACUCUAGAGGAUUUGUGGGUAAUUUGUACUGUACAGUAGUGAAAGUGAUGCUUCUUUGUCGGCCAUAUUACCAGAACACUUACUCCUGUAUGGCCGCUUUUACAUGAUUCCUGUCCCGUGAAGACACACGGAGUAAUGAGAACUUAAUGUACCACAGACAAAAGAUGGUACCUUAUACAAAGUUUUUUGCCAUUUUUUUCUCAUUAUAUUUAACAUUAUAUUUCACAAUUUGUUGACUGUAUUUGCUAUUUUGUAAUAAAGAACACAUCUGUUCUGUAAAGCAAAGAAGACCCACUGUUCUUGAGUCAUCUGCAGGAUCAUUUUUUACUGUGUCAACAGAAGAACCCUUUUUUGAAUUAAUUUAACAGUCUUGAGAGUCUGAAGCUGACAUCUAAACCAUCUUUCAGAAAGAGUGUUAUUAAUUCUGGUGUCACUGAAGGACGUCACUUUUCUUUAGAUCUUAACUAUGAUUUCUUUUUCAAAUGGAAUCUACUUGUGAGAUAUCAUUUAUAUAACCAAAGGUGUGCAAAGGCAGCAACCAAGGUUUGAUGGAUGAUACUGUUUUCUCAGCCUCAAACUACAAAGCUCUUAUUUCAAAAUGUGUAUUCUUAUAAAGGGUUUUUCUUUAAAAUCCUUUAAGUAUUAGACUGAUGCCAAUGCAGAAGUGGAAAAAACCUGCAGUUCCUUGAGUGUCCCCUUGAGGCUGGCUGCAAAAGCACUGGAAGUCACAUACACACCCAUUCUAAAAAGUCAAUUUUUACAACAGAAAUAAACAUGUUUACAUCCUGGUUCAAAAAACA